GGCGUCAGUCGCGCUCUUACCGUUUCCCAACCACGCACCACCAUUGGGGCAUUGUGCCUGUAAUUUGCUUAUUUUUCUUGGUAUAUUUUGCUCUAUAUGACUCCCAUUCCAGAUCUUCUUGCUAAGGCUGACAGUGUGUUCAAAAGCUUGCCAGAACUCGAUGAUUCUGUGAAGUAUCAUUUUGAAUACAAGAUUGACAAUUCUGCUGCUGGUCUUGCGGUUUCUCGGUUAAAACAAUUAUGGAGCAAAUCCUUGGAAAGUGAGGUAGACGUUCCUGAUCAAAAUGCGACAGGAAUUGAACAAACGGAGGAGGACCCUAUGACUUGGUUGUUAGGAUGUUGCGAGAAUGUCGCACCGUCGAUGUCUUUAGAUGCAGAUGCACUCUUUGAAGGUGUUGUUGAGGCUCUGAGUCACUCCGCUAAUGAGUAUGCAUGUCAAGAAGCUCUUAUUAGCUUACUUGGUUACGACAAUAUCCAACUUGUUUCAGAUCUCUUAAUGAAACAUCAUGAAUUGAAGCAAUAUCUAGAGACAUCUGCUAUUCAAUACGCAGAGGAAGAUCAAUCUGGAAAAGAUGAAACUGCCACUCAUGGUGCCGCCUUAUUAGAGCGUAUUAAACGUUCAAAGCAGAAAGCUUUGCAAAGAACGGAUAAUCGUGGUCCUCUAUUUACCGGACAAAAGCUGUUUAAUGACGAGCAAUACCCGCAUGUCUACGGCGCAAAAAAUAUCGGCAAUUCUGUUAGUAUUGUGGGCAAAAAGUUUGCUCUUCCAGCCGGAAGUGUUCGUGAAGAAUACGAACGCUAUGAAGAGAUUACAGUUCCUUACGCAAAACAAGCCGCUCGUCUUCCGGGUGAGAAGCCUGUUAAAAUUUCUUCAUUGAAUACCUUAUGUCGGAAGACAUUUCUAGGAUACACUUCUCUGAACCGUAUUCAAUCUCUUAUUUUCCCGAUUGCUUUUACAACAAAUGAAAACAUGCUGGUCUGUGCACCUACCGGUGCUGGUAAAACAGAUGUCGCCAUGUUAACCAUCUUACAGACUUUAUCCAAUUAUUGUGAUGUCGUUGGAGUUGAUAGCAAUGGCGAUGAUAUUUACAACUUGCGUAAAGAUGAGUUUAAAAUUGUCUAUGUUGCUCCUAUGAAGGCACUUGCAGCUGAAGUUGUUGACAAGAUGGGAAAACGACUGGCUUGGCUUGGGGUGAAGACCCGAGAGUUUACCGGUGAUAUGCAGCUCACGAAGAAAGAACUUAGUGAAACUCAGCUACUUGUAACUACGCCUGAAAAAUGGGAUGUCGUUACGCGUAAGAGUGUUGGUGACACGGAACUUGCCGAAAAGGUUAGACUCUUAAUCAUUGAUGAGGUUCAUAUGCUUCAUGAUGACCGUGGUGCUGUAAUAGAAUCCAUCGUUGCUCGAACACAACGUUUUGUGGAAACGAGCCAGACAAUGAUAAGAAUAGUUGGUUUAUCUGCUACCCUCCCAAACUAUCUUGAUGUUUCAGACUUCUUGGGUGUAAAUCGUCAACGCGGACUGUUUUACUUUUCUAAUGCGUUCCGUCCCUGCCCCAUUGAACAGCAUUUUAUUGGAGUCAAAGGUACUGCUAAUUCAAGACAAUCCAUGGGCAAUUUGGAUGAGGCUGCUUUUGAUAAAGUUCUUAAUCUUCUCGAAAACGGUCAUCAAGUGAUGGUCUUCGUUCACUCACGAAAGGAUACCAUCAAGACGGCUAAGAAACUGAAAGAACAGUUUUACAAUGAAGGCAAAAUGGAUUUACUGGACAGUUCUGAUGAGUUGCAGUCUGAAAAUCCAAAAUAUAAAUUAAUGCAACGAGAAGUGGGAAAGUCCAAGAUGAACGACCUUAAAGAGUUAUUUAAAUAUGGUCUCGGUGUCCACAAUGCUGGAAUGCAUCGUUCAGACAGACAUCUGACUGAAAAGCUCUUCUCUAUGGGUCUCAUUAAAGUUUUGUGCUGUACUGCUACUUUGGCUUGGGGUGUUAAUUUACCAGCUUAUGCCGUUGUCAUUAAAGGGACUCAGUUGUACGAUCCACAAAAAGGUUCAUUUGUUGACUUGGGUGUCCUUGAUGUUCUUCAAAUUUUUGGUCGUGCUGGAAGACCUCAAUUCGAGAGUUCAGCAGAGGCCUAUAUUGUAACUACACAUGAUAAACUCGCUCAUUAUCUUUCUGUAGUGACACAGCAAAGCCCGAUUGAGUCACAAUUCGUUGAGCAUCUUGUCGACAAUCUUAACGCAGAAAUUGCGUUGGGUAGUGUUACUAACAUUGAUGAAGCGGUGUCGUGGUUGGGUUAUACUUACCUCUAUAUCAGAAUGCGGAAGAAUCCCCUGAUUUAUGGAAUCGCAUAUGAUACCCUUCAGGACGAUCCACUUUUGGGAAGCAAGCGAAGAGAACUGGUUAUGCUUGCAGCACAGAAACUGUAUGCGAAUCAAAUGAUUGUAUAUAAUAAAAACACUGGUUACUUAACUCCAAAAGAUUUGGGACGUAUAGCGUCACAUUAUUACAUUUCCUACCAAAGUGUUACCACAAUUAACAAGUUACUAAAGAGUCAAAUGUCGGAAGCCGAUAUUUUUUCAUUACUUAGUAACUGCAGCGAGUUCUCUCAAAUUAAGUCAAGAGAAAAUGAAGCAAAGGAUUUGGAAGAGCUCUUAGAAUACUCGACUCCUUGUCAACUUCGGGACUCAGUCUCUAACACACCUGGAAAAGUCAAUGUCGUUCUUCAAAGUUACAUUUCACGAUCCCGUGUUGAUGAUUUUACGCUACAAUCAGAUAUGAACUAUGUUGCUCAGAACGCCGGAAGAAUUACUAGAGCUUUGUUUGAGAUCGCUCUUUCUCGGGCAUGGUCCUCUGCAUACACUGUUCUAAGUAUCUGUAAAUCCAUUGAUAAGCAACAGUGGUCAUUUGAACAUCCGCUUGCCCAACUGAAUCUUCCUCGUGAAAUUGUAGCGAAACUGGAGAACCAGGCUUCCUCUUCAACUUCAAUUGUUGAAAUGGUCGAAAUGGACGACACGGAGUUGGGAGAUCUUGUUCAUAAUAAGCGUAUGGGCAACGUUUUAAGAAAUGCACUCUCGCACUUUCCAUUGCUUAAGGUGGAAGCAGAUUUGUUCCCUUUAACACAAAACGUUAUGAGGAUCAGUUUAAAUAUUUCGCCUUUAUUUGAAUGGGAUAUGCGUAUUCACGGAAAUACCGAAUUGUUUUGGAUUUUUGUUGAGGAUAGUGGUAGCAAUACCAUUUUGCAUCAUGAAGUCCUUUAUUUGUCUAGGAAAACGUACCGUUCUAUUCCUCCUUUGAGUUUUGCAAUUCCGCUUUCUAAUCCACCUCCUUCACAGCUUUACGUGAUUGCAAUUUCAAACACAUGGCUUGGCGCAGAAACCGUAACCCCCGUAAACCUCUCCCAUGUUGUAUUGAGAGAAGAUCCUAAUCCUAUUACUGAGCUUUUGGACUUACAACCUCUUCCAAUCACUGCUUUACAGAAUCCUGUUCUCGAGGAGAUUUGUGCCAAGCGUUUCAGCUUUUUCAAUGCAGUCCAAAGUCAAUUCUUCCAUACAGUUUACCAUACGCCAACAAAUGUUUUCAUUGGUGCACCUACAGGUUCUGGUAAAACAAUGGCAGCUGAAUUAGCGACAUGGUGGGCAUUCCGUGAACAUCCUGGUUCCAAAGUUGUUUACAUCGCACCAAUGAAAGCUCUUGUAAAGGAAAGAUUAAAGGAUUGGGGCGCUCGUCUUGUGGAGCCCAUGCAUAUCAAUAUGAUUGAACUUACUGGUGACACUUCUCCCGAUUCAAAAACAAUUAUGGGGGCAGAUAUCAUAAUUACCACUCCCGAAAAAUGGGACGGUAUCACAAGAAAUUGGAGAACACGCAAGUAUGUUCAAAAUGUGUCUUUGGUUAUUAUUGAUGAAAUUCACUUGCUUGGCAGUGACCGUGGUCCAAUUCUGGAAAUGAUUGUUUCCCGUAUGAAUUACAUCGCUUCACAAACCAACUCUUCUGUUAGAAUACUUGGUUUGUCAACUGCGGUUGCAAACGCGCAUGAUUUGGCUGAUUGGUUGGGAAUUACAGACGGUUUGUUUAACUUUAGACAUUCCGUAAGACCUGUUCCCCUCGAAAUCUACAUUGACGGUUUCCCUGGAAGAGCUUAUGGCCCCCGAAUGAUGUCAAUGAAUAAACCCGCAUUUCAGGCAAUCAAAACUCAUUCACCUACGAAACCUGUUAUUAUUUUUGUCUCCUCACGUAGACAAACCCGUUACACAGCAAGAGACUUGAUUUCUUUCUGUGCGCUUGAGGACAACCCUAGACGUUUCUUGAACAUGAAAGAGGAAGAUUUGGAAAUGGUGCUAACAAAAGUUGAGGACAAAAAUCUAAAAAUGUCUCUUCCUUUUGGCAUUGGGUUGCAUCACGCUGGUCUUACUGAGGAUGAUCGACGGAUCAGUGAAGAGCUGUUUGUCAAUAACAAGAUUCAAAUUCUCAUUGCUACUAGCACAAUUGCUUGGGGUGUUAACACACCUGCGCAUUUAGUAAUUGUUAAGGGUACAGAGUACUAUGAUGCUAAGAUUGAGGGUUACAAGGAUAUGGAUCAAACAGACGUACUCCAAAUGCUCGGUCGUGCCGGACGUCCUCAAUUCGAUACCGAGGGUGUUGCAAGAAUUUUUGUUCAAGACACGAAGAAAUCAUUCUACAAGCACUUUUUGCAUAGCGGUUUUCCUGUGGAGUCAUAUCUUCACAAAGUUUUGGAGGAUCAUAUUAAUGCAGAAAUUGCUUCUGGAACGCUUCAUUCGCGACAGGAUGCGAUGGACUUUUUAACUUGGACGUACUUUUACCGUCGUGUUUAUCAAAAUCCUGUUUAUUACGGUGCUGCCAGCAACGAUCAGGAAAGCGUCGAUGAAUUUUUGUCUCAACUUAUUAAUAACACUUUCAAAGAAUUGGAGCUUUCUGCCUGUAUUUACAGAACAGAUAACGAAAAUUACGCACCGACCUCACUUGGAAGAAUUGUCAGUUAUUACUACAUUUCUCACAGAUCCGUGCGCAAUGUGGUUCAAAAACUGCGGAGCGACUUUGAUUUCCCAAGCUGUCUUCAGCUACUUGCCGAGUCUACCGAGUUUGAUGAUUUGGCUAUCCGUCAUACAGAAGAUAUCACAAACGCAGAAAUCAACAAGACCUUAAAGUAUAACGCAGAACGUCUCAACCUGAGAAUGGUCGACGCACAUGUGAAAACAUUUAUUCUUUCUCAGGCGCACAUGGCUCGUUUGGAGUUGCCCGUGGAUGAUUAUAUUACCGAUACGUUCGCCGUUCUCGAUCAAAUUAUUCGUAUCAUUCAAGCAUAUUUGGAUGUGUCAGCAGAACUAAGUUUCCUUAAUGUGUGUUUCACGUUUAUUAGCAUUUUACAGUGUUUAAAGCAAGCUUGCUAUCCGGAUGAGCUAUAUAGAAACGCACUUCCCUCUCUUACGUUUAAGUCAGAGAAAGAGGCGAAGAAAGUGCUAUAUAAAGUUGCUGGAAAGUCUCGUCAAUUUUUGGAAAAGACGCUCGCGAAACUAAGUUUGGUUCCAGAAAGCAUGGAUGCUUUGUACGCAGCGACCUCCGCAUAUCCAGACAUGGACAUUCAUGUGAGUCAAAAAUCGCCUGAACUUGUUCACUUGCAGAUUCGCCGUUGCAACCCCCCUUUGAACCCAGACUUCCAUAUUUACUCUGAAAAAUUCCCUAAACCUCAGACAGAAGGUUGGUUCGUUCUCAUUGGCAAUCCACAGACUGACGAACUAUUUGCUAUUCGGAGGGCGUCUAUGCUGGGAAAGAAUUCUGCUCAACAGAAACUUACGCUACGUCUUCGACUCGAUAUUCCAGCUCCCUGUCAAGGCCAAAACGCAAAAGUUUAUGUUAUCAGCGAUAGCUAUCCGCUGGUAUACGAACACUCCAUUCAUUUAAUGUCUCCGUCUGAAGCAACGAGUACAACCUCAUAAUUCGCCUUCCGUCACGUCCUCCCCCGCCAACUGAGAAUAACCUCCCGAAUUAACCAAAAAUUUAUUAGCCCAAUCUACAACUGCAUUUCUUCAUCCGGAAUUUCUUCACCACGGCUCGUGCUGUUUGCGAGUUCACGGCGAAUCUCCGGACCAAUGGAGUAAUGACCCUUAGCAAUGACAACCUCGAGCAAUGCAUCUUUUUGCUCAGGCGUGAUAUCAUGCUUGUAUCGUUGAGCGAAUACAAGCAACGAUUGAUGUUCAAGAACAGCAAGAGGACGAUCAAUAGACUUCCAACGAAGGAAAUAGAAAACAAGUGCGUCCACUACCUUGUACGGCAGAGCGUACUUUUUGUCCAAUAAGAUGCGGAUAAAUAACGACUGUGCUCCACUCAUUUCAAACUCUGUCAAACGAAGCAAAGCAGCAGCAGAAUGCAGUACAGGGACUGAAACUUUAGUGAGAACACUGCCGACGAUAGCGGCUUCACGUAAGGUGCAACCCUCCUGGAGGAGAGGAAACAGGAAUCCCUUAAACCAAGCUGCGGGUUUAUAAAGGCCCUUCUUUAAAGCCAUGUACAAGUGAUAGUUAAGUUUUCCUCCGUCACGAAUAUCCUCACGGACACGUUCAAGCAAAACAGUUGUCAAAAACCGCUGGGCCUGGAGAGGCUUCAAAUUGGAGACGAAAAUACGUGUGGCUUGAUACACGGCGUGAGGAGUCCAUGUGUCUGGUCUUGUAAGAUAGAGAAUAUCUUCCCAGUUCGAUAAGUUAGGAAUAAUUUUGAACGCUUUAGGGAUUUUGCCUGAACGGUAUCUAGACAACAGCAAGCCUACCUUGCUAUAAACCUCGAUAACCUUAGGAGGGAGCGGAGGCAAUCCCGAUUCUUCUUCUUCUUCCACGGGCAACUCACCGCGAGCUCUCGCCUCUGCCUCUUGAAUCUUCUGCAUAAUAAGAUUCGACAAGUUGGUGGGUUUUUGUUCUGUUUCUGGGAGAAACUUGUCAAACAGAGCCUUGUCACCUUCAUCGAUUUCGAACUCUUCGUACUCAUCCUCCUCCUCUCCAGCAACAAAUUCAUUAUCCGAGCCGUAAUUAGCAUCAUCACUGUCGUCGUCCUCGUCUUCGAUUUGAGGAUUUGACAGACUGUCUCUGGCGGAAAGCGAAACUGAAGCAGCUUCAGGCUUGCUGGAAGCUUUCAAAGAUGUAAUUUUCAACGAAUUGCCCUCAUUUUUCGCGUUUCCUUCGGCGUUUUCUUCCUGUUCAAUCUCCUCUGCUUGUUCUCUAGCAAGACGAAGAAUUUUCUUUGACGAUUUCGCGUCUAGAAACUCAGCAUUUGCCUUCUUUUUUCCGGACUUUUGAGGUUUUGAGGUUUUUGUUCGCAAAAUGCCUUCCUCGCGGCUCUUUUCAAUGUCCUGGUGCAAAGGCACAUGGCUCAAUCUCACCUUAGGAGCUUUAGGCAUCUUACAGUUAUCGAGGUAGAGGGUGCGUCGAAAUUUUGCUGGUUUCCUUCCUGGAGUGCCCGAGCAGGGAAGGAGCGGUAAGCGAGUAAGCGAUGGUCUGCGGGAUUAAGCGAUUGUUAAGCGAGGUUUGAGGACAUAGAGACGGUGAAUAGAUCUGUAC